ACUUCCUGCGGACGCCGACGCUCAGCUCCCUCUCCUUUUCUCUCUCUCUCUCUCUCUCUCUCUCUCUCUCUCUUCCCCUCUCCCUUUUUUCCCUCCCCCUUUCUCCGGACCCGGAUGCUGACUGGUGGCGGCGGCUCCUCUCGGGACUGUCACUGAGCGGCUCCGCCGGGCCUCUUGUCCUGCGCGAUGGCGGCGGAGGAGGCCGGGGGAGCGUCUUGUUCCUCGGGGCCGGUGUCGACCGGGCCGGGGCCGGGUCCAGGACCUGGUCCAGGACCGGGUCCGGGUCCAGGCCCCUGCGAGUGGUUGCUGCUGCGGGACGGCUGCCUGCGUUGCGACGCCGACGGGCUUUGCAGCCUGUGUUACCACCCGGCGCUCAACGCCAUCCUGGCCGUGACCGCCCGCGGCGCCAUCAAAGUCAUCGACGGCACCUCAGGAGCUACGCUGCAGGCGUCGGCGCUCAACGCUAAGCCAGGUGGUCGGGUGAAAUGUCAGUACAUUUCUGCAGUGGAUAAAGUCAUCUUUGUGGAUGAUUAUGCAGUUGGAUGUAGGAAGGAUCUGAAUGGCAUCUUGUUGUUGGACACAGCUCUGCAAACUCCUGUUUCUAAACAAGAUGAUAUAGUUCAGCUUGAACUGCCAGUUACAGAGGCUCAACAACUGUUGUCUGCUUGUAUAGAGAAGAUAGAUGUGUCAAGCACAGAAGGAUAUGAUUUGUUUCUUGCACAAUUGAAAGAUGGAUUAAAAAAUACCUCACAUGAAACAGCAGCGAACCACAAAGUUGCAAAGUGGGCAACUGUUAUGUUCCAUCUCCCUCACCAUGUAUUGAAGUCUGUUGCCAGUGCCAUUGUAAGUGAACUCAAGAAAAUAAAUCAAAACAUUGCUGCCUUACCUGUAGCUUCAUCUGUUAUGGAUAGAUUAUCUUACCUCUUGCCCAGUGCACGACCGGAACUUGGUGUGGGGCCUGGCCGAUCAGUGGAUAGGUCUUUAAUGUAUAGUGAAGCUAACAGACGGGAAACCUUCACCUCAUGGCCUCAUGUAGGUUAUAGGUGGGCGCAGCCAGAUCCCAUGGCUCAAGCUGGGUUCUACCAUCAGCCUGCAUCAUCAGGAGAUGAUAGAGCCAUGUGUUUUACGUGUAGUGUAUGUUUGGUAUGCUGGGAGCCAACAGAUGAACCUUGGUCUGAACAUGAAAGACAUUCCCCUAACUGCCCAUUUGUGAAAGGUGAACACACGCAGAACGUGCCCCUCUCGGUCACGCUGGCAACAAGUCCAGCGCAGUUUCCUUGUACAGAUGGCACAGACAGAAUAGUCUGCUUUGGAUCUGGAAGUUGCCCUCAUUUUUUAGCUGCUGCAACAAAACGAGGAAAGAUCUGUAUAUGGGAUAUUUCAAAACUUAUGAAGGUGCACUUAAAGUUUGAGAUCAAUGCUUAUGAUCCAGUAAUUGUACAGCAACUUGUAUUGUCUGGGGAACAGAGCUCAGGGGUUGAUUCAAGAAGACCAACAAUAACAUGGAUAGAAGAUUCAUCUAGCUGUUCCGAUAUACCAAAAUUAGAAGGAGACAGUGAUGAUUUGCUUGAAGAUUCAGACAGUGAGGAGCAUUCCAGAUCAGAAUCAGUGACUGGACACACAUCACAAAAGGAAACCAUGGAGGUCAGCCUUGAUGUAACUGCUCUCAGCAUUCUUCAGCAGCCUGAGAAGCUUCAGUGGGAAAUAGUUGCAAACGUACUUGAAGACACAGUGAAAGAUUUAGAAGAACUUGGGGCAAACCCUUGCCUAACUAACUGUAAAAGUGAAAAGAUGAAGGAAAAGCAUCUGGAACACCACAACAUUCCCUUUCCUUGUUUGUUAGCUGGAGGUUUAUUAACAUACAAAUCGCCUGCUACCUCUCCUGUUAGUAGUAAUUCUCAGAGAUCACUGGAUGAUUUAAGCAGGACUCAAGCUGGUAGUAUAUCAGACCUGGGAUCAACUGACAAUGAAUCCUGUACUAAUUCAGAACUGAAUUCUCCUCUGGUAAGGAGGACUUCACCUAUACUACUGCUUUACAGCAUUAAGGAAUCUGAUGAAAAAGCAGGAAAAAUCUUUUCACAGAUGAACAAUAUCAUGAGUAAAAGUUUACAUGAUGAUGGUUUUACAGUCCCACAAAUCAUAGAGAUGGAGCUGGAUAGCCAGGAGCAAUUGCUGUUGCAAGAUCCUCCUGUGACAUACAUUCAGCAGUUUGCAGACGCAACAGCCAGCCUAACUUCUCCGGACUCUGAGAAGUGGAACUCAAUGGUUCCCAAACCUGGAACUUUGGUUCAGUGCCUAAGACUGCCAAAGUUUGCAGAGGAGGAGAAUUUUUGUGUAGAUUCAAUCACUCCUUGUGCAGAUGGAGUUCAUUUAUUAAUAGGACUGCGGACAUGUCCUGUUGAAUCCCUGAGUGCAAUAAAUCAAGUAGAGGCCUUGAAUAAUUUAAAUAAAUUAAACUCGGCACUGUGUAAUAGAAGGAAAGGAGAAAUAGAAUCUAAUCUUACUGUAGUGAAUGGUGCAAAUAUCAGUAUGAUCCAACAUGACUCACCAGCAGAUGUACAGACGCCCUUAAUAAUCCAGCCAGAACAACGAAGUGCUAGUGGUGGUUAUCUAGUGCUUUAUAAAAUGAACUAUGCCACUAGGAUUGUGACUCUGGAAGAGGAACCUAUAAAAAUUCAGCACAUCAAAGACCCCCAGGAUACCAUUACCUCAUUGAUUUUGCUCCCACCAGACAUAUUGGAUAAUAGAGAAGAUGACUGUGAGGAACCUACAGAGGAAAUACAAUUAACUUCUAAGAAUGGCAGCGAGAGAGAAAAAAGAUCGGAAAUCUCUGCUCUUGGGCAUCUAGUAAUAACCACUCAGGGAGGCUAUGUUAAAAUAUUAGAUCUUUCAAACUUUGAAAUCCUGGCCAAAGUGGAGCCACCUAAAAAGGAAGGUACUGAAGAACCAGACAAAUUUGUCUCAGUAAUAUACUGCUCAGGCACUGAUAGACUCUGUGCAUGCACUAGAGGUGGAGAACUUCAUUUUCUCCAGAUUGGAGGAACUUGUGAUGAUGUUGAUGAAGCUGAUAUUCUUGUGGAUGCAUCUCUGUCUAAAGUGACUGAGCAAUUAACAGAAGGCACAAAGCCUUUAUCUAAUCCUUCAAGUCCAGGCAUUACAGGAGUUGAUCUUCUGGUGGACCAGCCAUUCUCGCUUGAAACUUUGACAUCUUUAGUAGAGCUUACUCGUUUUGAAACGUUGACACCACGAUUCUCAGCUACAGUUCCACCAUGCUGGGUUGAAGUGCAACAAGAACAGCAACAAAGGCGACAUCCACAACACUUGCACCAGCAGCAUCAUGGGGAUGCAGCUCAACAUACCCGGACUUGGAAAUUGCAAACUGAUAGCAACAGCUGGGAUGAACAUGUCUUUGAACUGGUUUUGCCAAAGGCUUGUAUGGUUGGGCAUGUGGAUUUCAAAUUUGUUUUGAAUUCAAGUAUCACAAACAUUCCACAGAUUCAAGUGACUUUAUUGAAAAAUAAAGCUCCUGGCUUAGGGAAAGUCAAUGAAGCAGCUGUAGAUAGACAGAUAACUUUUCCGCUGUCACCAGCUCAUCAUGAAAUGGAAAGAAAUGGAAAAACAGGGUUGGACGAUUUGAAUGAAGAAAUGCAAAACAUGGAUGUAGAAGAGUCACAGUGCCUUCGGCUAUGUCCCUUUUUAGAGGAUCAUAAAGAAGAUAUUUUGUGUGGACCUGUAUGGUUGGCUACUGGACUUGAUUUAUCCGGACAUGCUGGAAUGUUGACACUCACAAGUCCAAAGCUUGUAAAAGGCAUGGCAGGCGGCAAAUACCGUUCAUUUUUAAUCCAUGUGAAAGCUGUGAAUGACAGAGUAACAGAGGAAAUCUGCAAUGGAGGAAUCUGGCCUGUUUUAAGGAUACCAUCUCUGAAACCUCAAAAUAACAAGGGACAUUCACUUGCAUCACUUUUAGCCAAAGUUGCAGCAGGCAAGGACAAGUCUUCUAAUAAAGCAGAAGCCAGUACUUCCUCACGGAAAUCUGACAACCUACGAGGAUGUGAUUUGCUGCAAGAAGUCUCUGUAACGAUUAGAAGAUUUAAAAAAACAUCUAUUUCAAAGGAAAGGUUAGUUGGUUAUCAAGUUCAGAGGUGUGCCAUGUUACAGUUUUCAGAAUUUCAUGAAAGACUUCUUAACAGCCUUUGCAAAAAGGCAGAAGAUGGAGUUGUGACAGAACAUGCUCAAAGUCUUGUAUUAGAUAUCCUGUGUUGGCUAGCAGGAGUUCAAUCCAAUGGACCAGGAAGUUCAAGAGAAACAAAUGAGAGCUUGUUGUCUAAAACAAGGAUGUGUCUUUUCCACAUAAUUAGAGUAUGCUUCUUUGAAGCUGGGCGAAGCAUAGCACAUAAAUGUGCACGAUUUCUAGCUCUUUGCAUAAGUAAUGGGAAAUUUGAACCAAGUCAACAAGGAUUUAGCUCGGUCCUUCUGAAGGCUUUGCUUGGCAAUAUAUCUUAUUUACCUGCAGCUGCAACUGGAGGUUCUGUGUAUUGGUAUUUUGUUUUGCUGAAUUAUGUAAAGGAUGAAGAUUUAGCUGGCUGCAGUACUACUUGUGCUUCCCUGUUAACUGCAGUCUCUAGACAAUUACAGGACCGAUUAACACCCAUGGAAGCACUCCUUCAAACAAGGUAUGGAUUAUAUAGUUCACCUUUUGAUCCGGUGCUCUUUGAUUUGGAAAUGAGUGGUUCUUCUUGUAAGAAUAUAUAUAAUAGCAGCAUUGGCGUUCAGUCAGAUGAAAUUGAUUUAUCUGAUGUUCUCUCAGGGAAUGGAAAAAUCAGUAAUUGUACAGCAGCCGAAGGUAGUUUUACUUCCCUCACUGGACUUUUAGAAGUUGAACCUCUACACUUUACUUGUGUUUCAACUAGUGAUGGAACAAGAAUUGAAAGGGACGAUGCAAGUACGUUUACUGUGAGUACCUUUGGGGUUACCCCAGCAGUUGGAGGCCUCUCAUCUGGGACAGUAGGGGAAGCCUCGACAGCCCUGAGUUCAGCAGCCCAGGUAGCUUUGCAGUCUCUCUCUCAUGCAAUGGCCUCAGCCGAGCAGCAGCUCCAGGUGCUUCAAGAGAAACAGCAGCAGCUUUUGAAGCUUCAGCAACAGAAAGCAAAGCUGGAAGCCAAACUACAUCAGACAACAGCAGCAGCUGCUGCAGCAGCAUCAGCAGUUGGUCCUGUUCACAACUCUGUGCCUUCCAACUCAGUAGCAGCCCCAGGGUUCUUCAUUCAUCCGUCGGAUGUCAUCCCACCCACUCCUAAAACAACCCCCCUGUUCAUGACUCCGCCUCUUACACCACCUAAUGAGGCAGUUUCUGCUGUUAUCAAUGCAGAGCUUGCACAGCUUUUUCCGGGUUCAGUCAUUGAUCCUCCUCCAGUUAACCUUUCUGCACACAACAAAAAUGCACACAAGUCCAAAACGAAUCCACUUGGAACUGGCCUUGCUCUUGCAAUAUCUCACGCUUCACAUUUUCUUCAGCCACCUCCUCAUCAGUCUAUCAUCAUAGAGCGAAUGCAUUCAGGUGCAAGGAGAUUUGUGACAUUAGACUUUGGUAGACCCAUCUUAUUGACAGAUGUGUUGAUUCCAACUUGCGGGGAUUUGGCUUCCUUAUCGAUUGAUAUUUGGACACUGGGUGAAGAAGUUGAUGGAAGAAGACUAGUUGUUGCUACAGAUAUUAGCACCCAUUCUCUUAUUCUGCACGAUUUAAUACCACCACCAGUCUGCAGAUUCAUGAAGAUUACGGUCAUUGGUCGCUAUGGAAGUACAAAUGCUAGAGCCAAAAUUCCUUUGGGAUUUUACUAUGGACAUACGUACAUCUUGCCUUUAGAGAGCGAGCUGAAGAUUAUGCACGAUCCUUUGCGAGGUGAAGUUGAAUCUGCAAACCAGCCAGAAAUUGAUCAACAUUUAGCUAUGAUGAUUGCACUGCAGGAAGAUAUACAGUGCAGGUAUAAUUUAGCUUGCCAUAGACUUGAAACACUUCUGCAAAGUAUUGACCUUCCACCACUGAACAGUGCUAACAAUGCUCAGUAUUUUUUACGCAAGCCAGAUAAGGCAGUGGAGGAAGACAGUCGAGUAUUUUCUGCUUAUCAGGAUUGCAUUCAGCUACAACUUCAAUUGAAUUUGGCUCAUCAUGCUGUACAAAGGCUCAGAGUAGCUCUAGGAGCAAGCAGGAAGAUCCUGAAAGAACAGAGUGAUCCUAAAGAACUAAUUCAGAUGUCCUCCACGGAACAGUUGCGCACAAUUAUCCGAUAUCUGUUGGAUACUUUACUUAGUUUACUCCAUUCUUCCAAUGGGCACUCUGUUCCUGUGGUUUUACAAAGUACAUUUAAUGCUCAAGCCUGUGAAGAAUUAUUCAAGCACUUGUGUAUUAGUGGGACUCCCAAAAUACGUUUGCACACAGGUCUUUUACUCGUUCAGCUAUGUGGAGGUGAAAGAUGGUGGGGACAGUUUCUGUCAAAUGUCCUGCAGGAAUUGUAUAAUUCAGAGCAACUUCUUAUUUUUCCACAAGACAGGGUCUUCAUGUUGCUUUCUUGCAUUGGUCAAAGAUCACUCAGCAACACUGGUGUCUUAGAAAGUUUGUUGAAUCUCUUGGAUAAUCUCUUGUCUCCUCUUCAGCCUCAAUUACCUAUCCACAGAUGCUCAGAAGGCGUUCUGGACAUUCCUAUGAUUAGCUGGGUUGUAAUGUUGGUAUCUAGACUCUUAGACUAUGUGGCAACAGUGGAAGAUGAAGCAGCUACAUCUAAGAAGCCUUUGAAUGGAAAAGAGAGAGAAAGAUUCUUGACAGGCAAUCAGUGGAGUUUCAUUAACAAUAAUUUACAUACACAGAGCCUCAAUAGAUCUUCAAAAGGCAACAGUAGCUUAGAUAGGUUAUAUUCCAGAAAGAUCAGGAAACAGCUUGUUCAUCACAAACAGCAACUUAACUUAUUAAAAGCAAAACAGAAGGCUUUGGUGGAACAGAUGGAAAAAGAAAAAAUACAAAGCAACAAAGGAUCAUCCUAUAAACUUUUAGUAGAACAGGCAAAACUAAAGCAGGCCACGUCAAAGCACUUUAAGGAUUUGAUACGCUUACGACGGACUGCAGAGUGGCCUCGUUCUACGUUAGACACUGAAGUAUCAACUGCAAAAGAAACUCCAGAAAUUGAGCCCCUUCCAUUUACAUUGGCACAUGAGCGCUGUAUUUCAGUAGUGCAGAAACUGGCCCUCUUUCUGUUGUCAAUGGAUUUUACUUGUCAUGCGGAUUUGCUGUUAUUUGUAUGCAAGGUUCUUGCUAGAAUUGCAAAUGCAACAAGGCCUACAAUUCAUUUGUGUGAAAUUGUGAAUGAAGCUCAGUUAGAAAGGCUGCUACUGCUUCUGGUUGGAACAGACUUUAACAGAGGUGAUAUCUCUUGGGGAGGAGCAUGGGCUCAAUAUUCUCUGACAUGUAUGCUGCAAGAUAUUCUAGCAGGAGAACUGUUGGCUCCAAUAGCUGCUGAAGCCAUGGAGGAGGCUGCAGUAGGAGAGGAGGCAGGAACUUCAACUGUAGAUUCAGAUGACGCUCUUCAGCAGUCUGCAGCUCAGUUAGUGGAAACUAUUGACGAGCCUUUAUCACAUGACAUUACAGGUACUCCACCUCUGUCAUCUUUGGAAAAAGACAAAGACAUUGAUCUUGAGUUAUUACAAGACCUGAUGGAAGUUGACAUUGAUCCACUAGAUAUUGAUUUGGAAAAAGAUCCUCUGGCAGCAAAAGUCUUCAAGCCUAUAAGUAGCACCUGGUAUGAUUACUGGGGUGCUGAUUAUGGUACAUACAAUUACAAUCCUUAUAUUGGAGGUGUUGGAAUUUCUGUGGCAAAACCACCAGUUACAACUGAGAAGAAUGGAUCACAGAUUGUGAGUGUAUCAGUCUCUCAAGCUUUAGAUGCACGUUUAGAGGUUGGAUUGGAACAUCAAGCAGAACUGAUGCUGAAAAUGAUGUCUACUCUGGAAGCCGAUUCCAUUUUGCAGGCCCUGACCAAUACAUCUCCUACAUGUAAUUUUGCACAGUUAAACCUAAGCAUCUCUGAAUGUUAUGUAACUCAGUCUCCUGGUGGAACAGAUGAUUCUUUGCUUCGUGGUUUGCAUACUUCAAAUCAAAACAAUCAGUUUAUUAUCCAGUUGUCCUCCAUUCCAGUGUUAAGCACAUGCUUCAAUAAACUAUUUUCCAUGUUACAAGUCCAUCAUGUUCAGCUUGAGUCCCUACUACAGUUAUGGCUCACAUUAAGCCUGAAUUCUGGAACUUCUGGAACUAAAGACAACUGUACUGACAUUUUCUUAUACAAUGCCAACCGGACACCUGUCAUUCCUUUAAACCAAGCAUCAGUAACUAGCUUCCUGACAGUCUUGGCAUGGUAUCCUAAUACCUUGCUGCGAACAUGGUGCCUUGUACUUCACAGCCUAACUCUCAUGACAAACAUGCAGUUCAAUUCUGGUUCUAGUAGUGCCAUUACAUCUCAGGAAAGUACUGCCCAGCUAUUGGUAUCAGAUCCUAAUCUUAUUCAUAUUUUAGUGAAGUUUCUUUCUGGAACAAAUCCCCAUGGAACAAAUCAACAUAGUCCACAGGUUGGCCCAACAGCCACCCAAGCUAUGCAAGAAUUCCUUACUCGUUUACAAGUGCAUCUUUCUUCAGCAUGCCCUCAGAUGUUCAGUGAAUUUUUAUUAAAGUUGAUACAUAUUCUUUCAAUUGAGAGGGGUGCUUUCCAGACGGGCCAGGGUCCUCUGGAUGCACAAGUGAAGCUUUUGGAAUUUACCCUUGAGCAGAAUUUUGAAGUCGUUUCAGUGAGCACCAUUUCUGCUGUCAUUGAAUCCAUCACAUUUCUAGUGCACCAUUACAUUACGUGUACCGAUAAAGUGAUGUCUCGUAGUGGUUCUGAUAGUUCAGUGGGCGCUCGAGCUUGUUUUGGAGGCCUCUUUGCUAAUAUCAUCCGGCCAGGGGAUGCCAAAGCAGUCUGUGGAGAGAUGACGAGGGAUCAGCUCAUGUUUGAUUUGCUCAAGUUGGUCAAUAUCCUGGUUCAGCUGCCUCUUUCAAGCAACAGAGAGUAUAGUGCUCGGGCUCAGGUGGCUAGCAGCACCAUGGACAGUGUUUCCGAUGAAGAAAAGGUUUCUGGUGGAAAAGAUAGCAAUGGAAACAGUGGGAAUACUCAAGGCUCCACUGUCUAUGUAGCUGACCUAGUCUUAGCAAACCAACAAAUUAUGAGCCAGAUUCUGUCUGCUUUGGGCCAGUGUAACAGCAGUGCUAUGGCAAUGAUCAUUGGGGCCAGUGGUUUACAUCUUACAAAACAUGAGAAUUUUCAUGGAGGAUUGGAUGCCAUAUCAGUUGGAGAUGGAUUAUUUACUAUACUAACAACACUCAGUAAAAAAGCUACAACGGUGCAAGUGAUGCUUCAGCCAAUUCUUACCUAUAUGGCCUGUGGAUAUAUGGGGAGACAAGGUUCUCUUGCCACUUGCCAGUUGUCUGAACCCUUGCUAUGGUUCAUUUUAAGAGUGCUGGAUACCAGUGAGGCACUGAAAGCUUUUCAUGAUAUGGGAGGUGUUCAGCUCAUUUGCAAUAACAUGGUGACCAGUACCAGAGCCAUUGUAAACACAGCGAGAAGCAUGGUUUCAACUAUUAUGAAAUUCUUAGACUCUGGCCCUAGCAAGGCAACAGAUGGUACUUUGAAAGCAAGAGUACUAGCCUCUGAGCCUGAUAAUGCAGAAGGGAUCCACAAUUUUGCACCAUUGGGCUCAAUUACGUCAAGUAGUCCUACAGCCCAGCCUGCUGAAGUAUUGCUACAGGCUACUCCACCACAUCGAAGGGCUCGAUCUGCCGCUUGGUCUUACAUCUUUCUACCUGAGGAAGCCUGGUGUGACCUUACAAUUCAUCUCCCUGCUGCAGUGUUGCUAAAAGAAAUACAUAUUCAGCCACAUCUUGCCUCUCUUGCAACAUGCCCUUCUUCAGUGUCUGUUGAAAUAAGUGCAGAUGGGGUGAACAUGUUACCUUUGUCAACACCUGUUAUCACAAGUGGUCUUACCUACAUAAAAAUACAGCUUGUGAAAGCUGAAGUUGCCUCAGCUGUGUGUCUUCGCCUUCAUCGCCCACGGGAUGCUAGCACAUUAGGACUAUCUCAGAUUAAACUACUUGGACUCACUGCCUUUGGUAACACUUCGUCUGCAACAGUCAAUAAUCCAUUCCUUCCUUCUGAAGACCAGGUAUCUAAAACAAGCAUUGGAUGGUUAAGGCUGCUGCAUCAUUGCCUCACUCACAUAAGUGAUUUAGAAGGAAUGAUGGCUAGUGCUGCAGCACCUACUGCCAACCUGUUGCAGACAUGUGCUGCUCUCCUGAUGUCACCAUACUGUGGCAUGCAUUCUCCAAAUAUUGAGGCAGUACUUGUAAAAAUUGGACUUCAGUCCACUAAAAUAGGCCUCAAGCUAAUUGACAUUCUUUUAAGAAAUUGUUCUGCCUCUGGAAGUGACCCUACAGAUUUGAAUAGCCCCUUACUUUUUGGAAGAUUAAAUGGCCUGUCUUCUGACUCCACAAUUGACAUUCUCUAUCAGCUUGGGACUACUCAGGACCCUGGAACAAAAGAAAGAAUUCAAGCUUUGUUGAAAUGGGUCAGUGAUUCUGCAAGAGUUGCAGCUAUGAAAAAAAGUGGCCGAGUUAACUAUGUCUGUCCAAACAGUUCGACAAGAGAAUAUGGUCUUCUCAUGCCAUCUCCUUCACAUUUGCAUUGUGUAGCAGCAAUUUUAUGGCAUAGCUAUGAAUUGCUUGUAGAAUAUGACUUGCCAGCAUUGUUGAACAGAGAACUCUUUGAGUCUCUGUUUAAUUGGUCCAUGUCUCUUCCAUGCAAUGUGGUUUUGAAGAAAGCUGUUGAUAGUCUCCUUUGUUCUAUGUGCCAUAUUCAUCCAAGUUAUUUUUCGUUACUCAUGGGGUGGAUGGGUAUUACUCCUCCCCCUAUCCAGUUGCAACACAGACUGUCCAUGACAGAUGACAGCAAAAAACAGGAUCUUACUUCGUCUUUAACAGAUGACUCUAAAAAUGCACAAGCUCCCCUUGCACUAACUGAAUCACACUUGGCCACUCUUGCUGCCUCAUCACAGUCUCCUGAAGCUAUUAAACAGCUAUUGGACUCAGGGUUGCCCUCCCUCCUUGUAAGAAGCCUUGCAAGUUUUUGCUUUAACCAUACUUCUGCCUCUGAUUUCAGUAGUCCAUCAACAGACAAUUCCCAAGAUAGGAUAAGAAGACACCACGUUCCACAGCACUUUCAUAAAAUGCCCAUCACAGCAGAUUUAGUUGCUCCUGUACUCAGAUUCUUGACAGAGGUUGGAAACAGCAACCUUAUGAAGGACUGGUUAGGUGGCUCUGAAGUCAAUCCACUAUGGACAGCACUUUUAUUUCUACUCUGCCAUUCUGGUGCUACUUCUGGAGGACAUGCUGCAGCACCACAACAAAAUAGUGCUAGACCUACUUUGCUUACUUCAGCUUCAGGAGCAGGACUGACUACUCAGCAGAGAACAGCAAUUGAAAAUGCUACCGUUGCAUUUUUCUUGCAGUGUAUUUCUUGCCAUCCAAAUAAUCAAAGAUUGAUGGCUCAGGUUCUUUGUGAACUCUUCCAUUCCUCUCCUCAAAGAAGCAAUCUCCCAACAUCUGGAAAUAUUUCAGGGUUUAUUAGAAGGCUUUUUUUGCAGCUGAUGCUGGAGGAUGAAAAAGUGACAAUGUUUCUUCAGUCACCUUGCCCAUUGUAUAAAGGUAGAAUUAAUGCUACCAGCCAUGUAAUUCAACAUCCAAUGUAUGGGGCAGGACAUAAGUUCCGUACUCUUCUCUUGCCAGUCUCAACAACCCUGGCAGAGGUUCUUGAUCGUGUAUCAGAUACUCCUAGCAUAACAGCAAAAUUAAUUAGUGAACAAAAAGAAGACAAGGAAAAAAAGAAUUACGAAGAAAAAGAGAAAGUUAAAGCAGACAGUGGGUUUCAGGACAAUUACAGUGUUGUUGUUGCAUCUGGUUUGAAAUCUCAGUCAAAAAGGGCUGUAUCGUCCACACCACCUCGUCCACCUUCAAGACGAGGGAGAGUGGUGACAGAUAAAGUAGGCAGCUCCUCCACAGGAAAUGAUUCUUCCAGCAAAACUAUUAGUGUUCCUGUUUUUCACCUAUAUCAUAAGCUGCUACCAGGUCAGCCGCUGCCACCUGAGAUGACCCUUGCCCAGCUUUUGACUCUGUUGUAUGACCGCAAACUUCCUCAAGGAUACCGAUCUAUAGACUUGGCAGUUAAGCUUGGCUCGAAAGUCAUCUCAGACCCUAGCCUUUCAAAAACAGAUUCAUUCAAGCGCUUACAUACUGAAAAAGAGCAUGCAGAUUUAUUGGGACCUUGCCCUGAAGAUGAAGCAGUCACUCCAGUUGAAGAAUGCAUGGAUACAGUGCUGGAUGAAUCUUUUCUUGAUGCAUGCCCUCUCCAGUCCCCAUUGCAAGUUUUUGCUGGAAUGGGUGGGUUGGCCCUCAUUGCAGAAAGACUUCCUAUGCUUUACCCAGAUGUCAUUCAACAAGUGAGUGCUCCAGUGGUUACAUCCACCACCCAGGAGAAGCAGAAGGACAGUGAUCAGUUUGAAUGGGUUACCAUUGAACAAUCAGGAGAACUGGUUUAUGAAGCCCCAGAAACAAUUGCAGCAGAACCACCACCAAUCAAAUCAACAGUCCAAACUAUGUCUCCCAUACCUGCUCAUUCUUUGGCUGCUUUUGGAUUAUUUCUUCGCCUCCCAGGCUAUGCUGAGGUGCUACUUAAAGAAAGGAAACAUGCCCAGUGUCUGCUUAGAUUGGUGCUAGGAGUUACAGAUGAUGGUGAAGGAAGUCACAUUCUCCAGUCUCCUUCAGCUAAUGUUCUUCCAACUCUUCCAUUUCACGUACUGCGCAGCUUAUUUAGCACUACGCCUUUGACUACUGAUGAUGGAGUACUUCUGAGGAGAAUGGCCCUGGAAAUUGGCGCAGUUCACCUUAUUCUUGCUUGUUUGUCUGCUCUUAGCCACCACGCUCCAAGAGUUCCCAAUUCUGGUUCCAACCAAACAGAGCCGCAGAUGUCAAGCACACACAAUAGUGCAUCAACAGAAGAACAGCAACUUUACUGGGCUAAAGGCACUGGAUUUGGAACUGGUUCUACUGCUUCAGGAUGGGAUGUGGAACAAGCUCUAACUAAACAAAGACUGGAAGAAGAGCAUGUCACGUGUCUUUUACAGGUUCUAGCUAGCUACAUAAAUCCUGCAGGCAGCAUAUCAAAUGGAGAUAUCCAGUCCAGUCAUGAAAGUAGAGGACAAAACAGCAGUGCCCUUCCAUCAGUUUUGCUAGAGCUUCUUAGUCAAUCAUGUCUUAUUCCAGCAAUGUCAUCUUACCUCCGCAAUGAUUCAGUUUUGGAUAUGGCAAGGCAUGUCCCCCUCUAUAGAGCUCUUUUGGAACUUCUCCGAGCCAUUGCUUCGUGCACAUCUAUGGUACCAUUGUUGCUUCCCUUGACUGGAGAAAAUGGAGAAGAGGAAGAAGAACAGUUAGAAUCCCAAGCUUCGGUUGGAACUCUGUUAGCUAAAAUGAAGACAUGUGUGGAUACUUACACCAAUCGAUUGAGAUCAAAAAAAGACAAGUCAAAACCUGGAGUAAAGUCAGAGACUUCAGAUCAAGAACCAGAGGGGCUGACUCUUUUGGUGCCAGAUAUCCAAAGGACUGCUGAAAUUGUUUACGCUGCAACAACAAGUUUGCGUCAAGCUAAUCAAGAGAGAAAAUUGGCUGAAUCCUCUAAAAAAGCUGCAAUGAAACCCAAGCCAUUGUCAGUUUUAAGAUCUCUUGAAGAGAAAUAUGUAGCUGUAAUGAAAAAACUCCAGUUUGAUACUUUUGAGAUGGUUUCUGAAGAUGAUGAUGGGAAACUUGUGUUUAAAGUAAAUUACCACUACAUGUCUCAGGUGAAAAAUGCCACUGAUGCAAACAGUGCUGCUAGAGCCCGACGUCUUGCUCAAGAAGCUGUAACGCUUUCUACAUCACUGCCACUUUCUUCAUCAUCCAGUGUUUUUGUUCGCUGUGAUGAGGAGAGACUAGAUAUCAUGAAGGUUUUGAUAACUGGCCCAGCAGACACACCUUAUGCAAAUGGCUGUUUUGAAUUUGAUGUGUAUUUUCCACAAGACUAUCCUAACUCACCUCCACUUGUCAACCUGGAAACAACUGGAGGACACAGCGUGAGAUUCAAUCCAAACCUAUACAAUGAUGGCAAGGUUUGUUUAAGUAUACUCAAUACCUGGCACGGAAGACCAGAAGAGAAGUGGAAUCCCCAGACAUCAAGCUUUUUACAAGUACUGGUCUCUGUGCAAUCGCUCAUUUUAGUUGCAGAGCCCUAUUUCAAUGAACCAGGCUACGAAAGAUCUAGAGGGACUCCAAGUGGCACACAGAGUUCCAGAGAAUAUGAUGGAAAUAUACGGCAAGCAACAGUUAAAUGGGCAAUGCUUGAACAAAUCAGAAAUCCUUCCCCAUGUUUUAAAGAGGUUAUACAUAAACACUUCUACUUGAAGAGGAUAGAGAUAAUGGCUCAGUGUGAGGAGUGGAUAGCAGAUAUACAGCAGUACAGCAGCGAUAAACGGGUAGGCAGAACUAUGUCUCAUCACGCUGCAGCUCUAAAGCGUCACACAGCUCAGCUGCGGGAAGAGCUUCAGAAACUCCCCUGCCCUGAAGGCUUGGAUCCAGAUGUGGAUGAUCCUGACGAGAGGUGCAGUGCCAUGACUAGUAUUGAGGACACUCUCUUGCACGAGCAAGUCAAACCAAGCAGCAGUAAAGACCUCCCAAGUGACUUCAAAUUAUGAGCUAUGUUGACAUGGACUUGAUAGACACACAAGGCUUUGAAGCACAAGCCAAAUAUGUCAAUAUUUGUAUCUAAGAAGCUAAUUAUGUAAUAGGUAAAGAAAUUGAAACUCUAAUAUGCCCUUCAGGAUAUACAGUUUAAUUCAAGAUGAUCUUUUAUUUACCUGUACAAGAGUGUAAACUUUUUUGUGCUUUUAUUUUCCAAUUGUGAGAACCACUGAUUGGUAUGUUUAAAAGUUAUGUAUACAAGAAUGGAUAAAUCACUGUUAUAUAAGGGAAGCUACCUUAGGAAAGAAUGUUUACUGAAUGUUUAUUAUUUUUUUUUUACUUGUAGAGUGAGGGCAGUUGUAACAGAAUAUAUAUUGGUCAUUCUUACAGCUACUAUUUAAAGUCAGACAGUUUUCACUGAAUUUGAUAGAUUUUACGUUUGGCCAUAUCUCCAUUCUCAUAUUUGAUUUCUAAAGAGAACCUUCUGUAUACUUCAAUAAAGAUCAAAUGGACAUGCUCCGUC